AUGCGGUGCUUUUCAGCUGCUCUCUCACUGAACGUGCGUCCCAAGAGCUUGUGGGGGCCCCGAUUGCGAGUCCCAGAGCUGAGCAGUCGCCUUCACUUCCGCGCCAGGCUGAUCAAUCCUGUGAUAUAUUCGAAUUCCAGAAGAAAUAUGAGUCAGCCGUCUGAUCGUGGAAACAAUCAUCAUACCAACGCGGAGAAGCUGACGCAAAACGUUGUGAAGAACACAGAAAAAUUCAGAAAGCUUACCUCUGAAAAGUCUCAGGAAUUGAGAAAGACAACGCUAGAAAUAAGAGACUCCAUCUCCAAGAUAAUCCCACCUGAAAUACACGAGAACAUAUACACAAUCCCCAAUUUCCUGACUCUGACUCGUCUUCUGGCUGCGCCUGCUAUCGGGUACCUGAUUGUGAAGAACGAGGUACUGUAUGCACUGGGCCUUUUCGUGUACUCCUGCGUCACGGACUUCCUGGAUGGCUUCAUUGCAAGAAAAUACAAUUUGAGGUCUAUAGUGGGCACCAUUAUUGAUCCUAUGGCUGACAAGGUUCUCAUGGUGGUGUGUACGGUAUGCAUGGCCCAAGCCCAUCAGAUGCCGUUAUACCUUGCCUCGCUGAUUCUGGGAAGAGACAUUCUGCUCGCGCUUUCAGCCGUAUAUUAUCGGUUCAUUUCUUUGCCGCCUCCAAAAACGAUUUUGAGAUACUUCGACUUCAGCAUACCGAGCGCUGAAGUGCGGCCCACUAUGAUCAGCAAGGUUAACACUGCGCUGCAGAUGGUCUACAUAGGCUGCUGUGUGGUCAAGCCUGUCCUCUUGCCAUACUUCGCAGCCGACAACUCGGAGUUGUUCCUGUCGGGGUUGCAAGUUUUUGAGUACGUUGUUGCAUUCACCACCAUUUCGAGUGGCUUGUCUUACGUUUUCAGCAAGAAUGCGGUCAAGAUACUGACGAAGAAGUUUUGA